UAAAUUCGUACAAAAGGAGACGAUCAUAUAACCGUUAUCCUCAAUUUAUCAAAUUACCAGAGUAAUAACAUUCAUUAAUUCAAAAUGAAAGGGUUAAUCUUUCUGGCUGUAUUUGCUGUAUUUGUUUCUACUCAGUUUGUUUACGGAAAAUCGAUUUCCAAUACAGGACCCUCCUUUGAAAUAAAGGAUGGUAAUUGCACGAAUCCUGUCAUAGGUGAUUUAGUAUUUCAAGACCAUCAUCAUAAGUUACCAAUUCCAUUCACUAAAAGGGAUGCCACUUCUCAUUGGGCAGGCGAUGAAAAGAUUUACUGUGUAUUGGCUGUAAGCGAGCAAAGCGAAUCUAAAAAAUCUACAGUUGAGAUUACAGAAGGAGGUAUCAAUCACCGUUACGUUACUUUGAAAAUGAUAUCUAAAAGAGGUAACGGUUUCGAAUAUGAUAUUAAAGUAUUUGGAAAAAAAUGAUGUAAUGGUGUCUCUAAAUAAAAUGUUUUAACUAUUA